CCUCAAAUUCAAUAUUAUCUCUCUUUCUCUCUCUAAAAUCUGUAAUUUGUUUCUCUAACUUAAAUCCAGAAAUGGCGGUGGCUGUCGGAAAAUUAAUGGGUUUUCUUUUUAUGAUGGUAAUUAGUAUCGCCAUGGUCGCUGCAAACGAUCCCGACAUGCUUCAAGACGUUUGCGUCGCCGAUCUAAACGCCGCUGUGAAAGUGAACGGAUUUCCAUGUAAGGCGACAUUCAACGCAUCGGAUUUCUUCUCGGACGCAUUAGUCAAGCCCGGGGCCACAAACAACUCGAUGGGCUCGCUCGUGACCGCAGCAAACGUACAAAAAAUCCCAGGCCUCAACACCCUUGGAGUCUCCAUUGCCCGCAUAGACUACGCCGCCGGAGGCAUAAACCCUCCUCACACCCACCCUCGAGCUACCGAGAUAGUCUUUGUUCUCGAGGGAGAGCUAGACGUUGGUUUUAUCACCACUGCCAAUGUUUUGGUAUCGAAAUCAAUCAAGAAAGGCGAAGUUUUCGUAUUCCCAAGAGGAUUGGUCCAUUUUCAGAAUAACAAUGGUUAUGGUCCUGCGGCUGUUAUUGCCGCGUUUAAUAGCCAGCUACAAGGGACACAAUCGAUCGCGAUGACAUUGUUCGGAGCGAGCCCUCCCGUGCCCGAUAAUGUUCUUACAAAGGCUUUUCAAAUUGGGACCAAGGAGGUUGAGAAGAUUAAGUCCAAAUUUGCACCCAAGAAAUAAAUUAAAUAUAAGUGAAUUUGUGAAUUGUCACUUUCUUUCUAAUUUGUUUGUUUGUAUGUUCUUUGGCAAUAAAUAAUGAAAUUUAGAUGGAUAGGAGAGGAAAAAACAGAAUAAUGUAAAUUGCCCAAAGUUUUAUACUAAAUAAAAUUUAUAUUAUUU